AUGGCGUCGGGGGCUCCUGGACAGGGAGAUGAUGUCAAGGAGGUGCGGCAUGAAGUGGAGGUUCGGGUGAAGAUGCUUGGAGGGGCAGAGGACCGCGGCCGCGCCCUCGAUGCCCGACGCCGCCCCGCCGCUCAAAGCCGGAGCCACCAUGCCGGCCCGGCUCCGACGCCGUCGCCCUGGACAUCCCCGCCGGACUACGUCGUCCUCACCCCCGCCGCGCUGGACUGCACCGCCCCACCUCUCCAUCGCCGUUCGCCGGGGCAACCCCCCCUACCGGAGCUCUUCUACCAGAACCCCCUCGCCGGAUCUGCGCCCCCCGUCAACCUCCUCCUCGUCGUCCUCUCCGUCGACGGCCUCGUCCCCGUCCUCCGCCUCGAGCAACGCUGCCCCUCACCCUACGGCCCAGUGAGCCCCUCCCUCUCCUCCUCACUCUCCCUCACCGCGUCGUGCCCGCUCCCAUCCGCGCCCGUCCGCGCUCUCGCGCGCCCCUGUGGUCGAGCCCCCGCGCUCGCGCUCGCCCUCGUCCGCCCGUCCUACUCGCCGCUACCCGCGUCGCCCGCGUGCUCACCGCAUGCUGGCGCGCCCGCCCACGGCCGCGGCCUUCCUCCGCCUCCCUGA